ACCGCUUCCGUCUUCCUUAUUACUUUGAUCGCAACCAUGGACAACGUAAACAAUAAUGGCGGACUAAGUGUGGAGCUCUGACGCUUCACAUGUGUUAAUUGUCUCAGGACUUACCCGUGUAUGAUUUCAAGAUGGAGGAAAAUGAAGAUGACCACAUAGUGACUCAUCUGAAUAUAGAAAAUCCAGACACUGAUGAAGAGGAAAUUGACACCCAGUGUCAGAAUGCAGUCAGGGUGGAUUUGGACAGGAUUAAAAGUGGAUACAUAGAAAAGCUCCACAGUCAGUCAAACCUACCCAAUGUACUCAAUGAAUAUGGAUUGGAAGAAAAGGAAAACAAAUAUAAGCAACAACGCAGAGCACAGAAAGAGCGUCAGCAGAAAAAAUCGGUGAAAGAACCAGAAGAAACAGACAACGAAGAAAAAAGACGCAAAAAGAGAGAAGAGCAAGCAAGGAAAAUCAAACAGCACUACAGAACGUCUAAGUCUCUCCAGGCUAUACUUUUGAGGGAAAAUUCGCGGUACUCCCAGUUAAUGGAGGAGCGACAGAGCUUGCCUGAAGGAAGCCAGUAUUUCUCUAAGAAAGUGUCCCACAUGAUGACAAGACUGAAUACACCCCGAGAUUCCACACACCCCGGGGAUCAGGAGGAGCUGCAGAAGCCAGAGAGACAGACGUUGAAAAAGAAAACAGAGAAACAUGUUUUAACCUCAAACAGCAGCUUCCUCAAGGACAUGCCAAAGUCUGAUGUUGCAAAGGUUGUUGAGCUACAAGACAAGUUGAUGAAGGAAGGAAAACUAAAAACACAAUAUGACAUUGACAGAUUCAGAGAAGAUAUAAAGAAGCCAGAAGUCUUCAAUUCAUAUUUCAAAAAUACAAAAACUUCUGAUACAGGGUCUGUAGCAGCCAGUACUGUCACAAGUUUACACAAACCUGCACCCCCCAAUCCUCGUUCCCUCAGUCAUAUCGCAGAAGCAUCCCGACCGCCCACGAGAGAGGAAUGGGCCGUUACUCACCAGUUUGCAGCCAAACAUGAUGAGCAGACAAAAGUGGGAGCUUCUAAAAAACAAACAAUGUUAGACCUAGAAAAGCGCUUCCCUAAGCCACUGAUGCCACCACUUAGGUGUUUCUCAAUGGAUCUUGGGGAGAAACCUGCUGACCCAGAGGAGAUACAAAGACAGGCUGAACUGAAGGUGCGAAUCAAACAGAGAAAGAAGUUUCUUCGCAAGUUACAUCGAAUGCACCAAAUGGCUAUGGCCCAUGGUGCUGCAGCUAAUAGAAUAUUGGAUAAUCAUGAAGAGAUCGGUGGUAUAUUGGAUGGAAAUUCACUGCGGGAUGUGGCGUCCAUGUAUAGUGGGAUGCAGAACCUUAUAUCUAUGCUGCCCGCCCCAGAGGACAAGUACAUCUCCCGCCAGGACGUAGAGGUGGCAGAGAUUGGUGGUCAGUUGAUGCAGGAUGAUCAUAGUCGAGGAUCAUCCAGCCACGGCAGUAUCCACUCACGGACCUCUCUACAGUCCAGGAGUAGCCUCCAGUCCCGCGGGAGUCUGCAGUCUAGAGGAAGCAAGGCCAGCGGUGCACCAGGUCUUCGCAGAAAACAAAUGUUACAGUCUAGAGAAUCAGGUCGUCCCAAACCAGCACCACUGCCCCUUACCAUGGAUGAAAUCAGAGGCAAGACAAAAAUCAUUGAGGCAAAAUGUCUGAGUAGCAACUGGAUGAAUUAUAUGAAAGCUGACAAGAAGAUUGAGACAUCAUAGAUACCAACAAUCACUCAUUUUGAAACAAGAUACACAGAUGUGUUUAGAUUAUGAACAUGAAUCUCUAUGAGUAGAACACUUUUGCCAUAAUGUUUUUUUCAAAACCAAAGUUUUUAGUUUAAUGUCAAAACCAUUAUUGAUAUUCUGGACAGAACAAUCUGUCUGAAAUGUGUUAAAAAGUUAACUUUCAGAUGAUGAUUACAAAGUUAAUUUGUUAAGAUGGCACCUAUUCUAGUCUUUAUGUGAUUGGCUCAGAGAAAGCUGUAUGGUUUGUGGUUGUUAACAGUCUAGAUGUUAACACUGGUGUCUUUGUAUAUAAAUGAUAAUCAUGCACAAAUGUGGAGAGAAAGUGAUGUAGGGUAUGCGAGAGAGGUAUGAUUUGGUGCACAAGUACAUUUCUAUUAGCACAUUGAUGUGGUUGUUCCAUGUUCACAUUCAGCUAUAUGUCUUACCAUGUAAUGUCAGUUUAUUAUCAUGAUGUAGAUUUUAUGUCAUAUUUUGAAUAUUAUUAAUAAAAUUAUUAUAAAGCU